UCUGCAUCUGCACUUCUUCACUGGGUUUGACUGAAAGCAGAUUUUAAUCCUGGUUUCUAUACAAACAAGAUUUUGACAAGGAAUUUCUUUUAUUUUGAAAGCAGAGGGAACUGUUCAAAGUGCAUAUGGCAUUUUUGUGAUUUGUUCAGUGAUUCUUGAUAAAGUUUUUCUGAAAAUGUUGUUAAUCAAGAAUAGAAUUUCAGUUAAUUUAAUAUCAAAAAUGGGACUAAAUGCUUUCAGGUUCAGUCUUAGACAUUUAACUAUAUAAACUGAGCAAGGAACAAAGAAACAUUUAAUUUCUAAGAAUAUGUGAGGUUUUUUAAACUAACAAGAAGAGGUAUAGAUUGUUACAAACCUCAUUUAUUGCCAAUGAAUGGAAAAGAACAGUGAAAAUUCCUCAGUGCUCUGCUCUGUCUCAAGACUUAAGCGAGAACAUAACAAGGGAUUGUAGAGGAUGGUGACUUGUCAGUGCGUAAUGUGCACUCUCAUCAUUUACAGCUGAAUUUUUGGCUUUGGUGUAUUCACAUGCCAUAAGUGAACUGCCUCAGUUGAAAGUAUGAAUCAAAGAAGACCUGUUCUGGAGGAUAUAAAUCAAUCAAAGCAUCACACAAUUGAAAGGAGGAACAGAAGUAAAGACAAUCUACUGAUUAACGAAGACUUUGGUGAGGACUGUUAUGGCAGUUAUGGUCACUUCCAUAGUGAGAGCCUGGCCCGACAGAUGCUGCCCAAGAGCAGGAGACAGGCUGUGCGAGGGGCGGCCUACAUGUUCAAUGCCCAUCCCAACAGCUUAACACCUGUAGAGGAACGCUUCCUUGAUUCUGCCGAGUAUGGAAACAUACCUGUCGUGCGUAGAAUGCUCGAGGAGAUCCCUGAGUUUGAUGUCAACUGUGUGGACUAUAUGGGCCAGAAUGCACUGCAGUUGGCAGUGGCUAAUGAACACUUAGAAGUAACAGAGCUGUUGUUAAAGAAAGACAACCUAUCGCGGAUUGGAGACGCACUUUUGUUGGCCAUCAGCAAAGGAUACACCAGGAUUGUAGAUGCCAUUCUGAGCCACAAAGCUUUUGCUGACUCCAAGAGACUUACGGCGAGCCCAAGUCAGGCACCAAUGCACGAUGACUUCUUCGCCUAUGAUGAAGAUGGCACACGCUUUUCUCAUGAUGUCACUCCAAUUAUUCUAGCAUCCCACUGCCAUGAAUACGAGAUUGUGCACAUUCUCUUGGGAAAGGGUGCUCGCAUUGAGCAGCCACAUGACUACUUUUGUACUUGUGACACCUGCAAUUACCAUCAAAAGUAUGAUUCUUUCAGCCACUCCCGGUCACGCAUCAAUGCCUACAGGGGAUUGGCCAGUCCAGCUUACCUGUCUCUGUCCAAUGAGGAUCCUGUGAUGGCAGCCUUGGAGCUCAGCAAUGAGCUUGCCUCUAUGGCUAAUAUUGAAAAGGAAUUUAAGAAUGAAUAUAGGAAACUUUCUAUGCAAUGCAAAGACUUUGUUGUGGGACUUCUGGAUCUGUGCCGGAGCACAGAGGAAGUGGAAGCAAUUUUGAAUGGUGAAGAGGAUGAUACUUUAGAACUGCCCAGCCGGCCCAGUCUAAUUCGCUUAAAACUUGCAAUAAAGUAUGAACUGAAAAAGUUUGUGGCUCAUCCCAAUUGUCAACAACAGCUCUUAUCGAUAUGGUAUGAAAACCUGCCCGAACUCAGGCAGCAGACCACAGCUAUUAAGUUCCUGGUGGUUUUAGGUGUUGCCGUGGGACUGCCUUUCCUAGCAAUGGUGUAUUGGGUUGCACCAUGCAGCAAGAUGGGAAAAAUCAUGCGUGGCCCUUUCCUUAAGUUUGUGGCCCAUGCAGCCUCCUUCACUAUUUUCCUUGGCCUUUUGGUCAUGAAUGCUGCAGAUCGCUUUGAUGGGACAAAGCUGCUUCCAAAUAUGUCCAUUCAUGACUAUCCAACGCAGCUGUUCCGUAUGAAAACAACUCCUUUUACGUGGAUGGAAAUGCUCAUAAUUUCUUGGGUUGUAGGGAUGAUUUGGGCAGAAUGCAAGGAGAUCUGGUCUCAAGGCCCAAGAGAGUAUCUGCUUGAGCCUUGGAAUUUGCUUGAUUUUGGAAUGUUGGCCAUUUUUGUUGCAUCCUUCAUCUCAAGGAUAAUGGCUUUCUGGCAUGCAAGUGCAGCUCAACGCUAUGUCAAUGAGCACUACACAGAUUUAACAAAUGUAACUUUGCCUGCUGAGGUGGGAUACUUCCAGUUGGCUCGGAUUGACUGGCUCCCCUCCGAUCCUCAGGUCCUUUCAGAGGGCUUGUAUGCCAUUGCUGUGGUUCUGAGCUUCUCUCGAAUUGCAUACAUCCUACCAGCUAAUGAGAGCUUUGGACCACUGCAAAUAUCUUUGGGCCGAACCGUGAAAGACAUAUUCAAGUUCAUGGUUAUCUUCAUCCUGGUCUUUUUGGCAUUUAUGAUUGGAAUGUUCAACCUCUUCUCAUAUUACUUAGGUGCUAAACAGAAUGACGCCUUCACAACUGUAGAAGAAAGCUUCAAAACAUUGUUUUGGGCAAUAUUUGGACUUUCCGAGGUCAGAUCAGUAGUCGUGAGCAAUGGACACAAGUUUAUCGAGAACAUUGGCUAUGUUCUCUAUGGCGUAUACAAUGUCACAGUGGUCAUCGUCCUACUUAACAUGCUCAUUGCCAUGAUCAACAAUUCCUUUCAGGAAAUUGAGGAUGAUGCAGAUGUGGAGUGGAAGUUUGCCCGUGCCAAGCUCUGGUUCACCUAUUUCGAGGAGGGCAGGACUCUCCCUGUACCAUUUAACCUGGUGCCUAGUCCCAAAUUUGUUCUGAGUCUGGUGAUGGGGGCUAAAGGUCUCCUGCGGGAGCUCUUAAACAGACACAAAGCCAUUAUGAAGGGGUCUGAGCUCAGUGAGUUGGGGAAAAGCAAAUCCAGCAAGGCCAAGAAUCAUUCUUGCUCAAGCCGAUAUCAGAAAAUUAUGAAGCGUCUUGUCAAGCGCUACAUCAUCAAAGCUCAAAAUGACAAAGAAUGUGAUGAGGUCAAUGAGGGUGAACUGAAGGAGAUUAAGCAAGAUAUUUCAAGUCUUCGCUAUGAGCUGUUAGAGGAAAAGGCACACAAUCUAGAGGAGCUGGCUGAACUAGUGAGGAAACUUGAAAACAAUCUCUCGCAAGCCUGCUUAAUACUAAAGUCUCAUUAAGGAAAUCAGACAACAGACAUUUUUUAAAGGAAAAUGUACAUUAACUAUGAAUCAACUAUUUAUCAAUCAAGACAAUUUGCACAGGGACUUUGGUUCCACAUGCUUCUUUGCCUUGGCCUGGGUUAGUUGAAAGAAAAAGAAAUAGCUAUUGAGCUUUUGAUGACUUUGAAGAAAUGAUAUUUUAUGUUUUCGUUUAGGCCAUACUUUUAAACUUGAAGCCUUUAUUUUUUGUUAAAAUGCUUUCUCCUAUCCCAGCUUAAUAUCCAGAGACAUCUAACUAUAAGUAAGCAUAUAAGUAACAUUUGUAGGCUGACUCUGUGGCACUAUCAAAGCAUUGCUCUGCUUGUUUGAGCAUUCCAACCAGCAUGACAAGAUUGACUCAACCAAUGGAACACAAUGGGGAACAAUGGUGUUCAGGGAAAACUGUUUUCAAAGAUUAUUUGCCAGUUCCAUUUGGUGAAGCUAGUGGCAGAUCAUUUUCACACUUCAGCUUUAACGUAACACUUCACAAAUGUCCUUUUGUAUGAUACACAGCACAACAGUUAAAAAGCAAUUUUGAUUUGCUGUCCUAAAUUAAAAUUAUUUUUACUGUAGCAAAUUGGCAACUAGUAAAUUCAUGAUGGUUAAAUUUCACAGCAAGAUCAAUAAAAAGCUAUAAAGAUAACUGUGGUGGCUUAGUGGUUAGCACUGUUGCCUCUCAGCAAAAAGGUCCUGGGUUCAAGUCCUGGCUCAACUGGGACUUUCUGUAAGGAGUUUGCAUGUUCUACCUUUGUUCCUGUAGGUUAGCUCUGGUUUCCCCCACAAGUCCAAAAACAUGCUGGUUAAGUGAAUUGGAGACUCUAAAAUUGCCCUGUAGGGUCACCCUGCCACUGGAGGUUGCAUCAGGAAGGGCAUCUGGUGUAAAACCUGUGCCAAGUCAAAUAUGCAGAUCACAGAUGUCUCAAUCAUAAUGUAAUGAAUGUUCAUUGAUUUGUACUUACAGCGGUCAUUGUUUUUUUUUUAAUGACAACUACUUUUCAUUUAGAUGUUUAAUUAUGUUAAUAAAGAAAUGUAUUCUGUA